AUGAUUGUGGAGCGACUUUUCAACGUGCAUCAUGGAGGGCUUCCAAUAUCAUCUUUGGCUUUCCAGCCGCACCCCCUUUACGUUCAUGCGGCGACCACACCAGGCAGCGGCAGGCGGAGCAACAGCAACAAAGGCAGCAACAAAGGCAGCAACAAGAGCAGCAGCAGCAGCAGUGGCAUAGCGGGAGCCAUCCCGACGAAGCAGCGUCGCACGACGGCAUCCUCGGCAAGUGGUGGAGUGCAGCAAAAACCGCCGAAAAACGCAUGCGCUGCCUCCAAGCAAACGGCUGGCCGUCGAUUUUGGGAGUAUGAGCGCUUAGCCACGGCAGCAGCGACGUCUGUCAAGAUAUGGGUUGUGCAUGCGCAUCUGCCGCAUGAAGUUGCUGCAGCAACCAAAAACGCCAAGCGGCAAGCAAGCCGGGCAGCAGCUGUAGCAGCAGCUGCCUCAGGAAAUUCGCCAGCAAAGAAGGCAAAGACUGAGCCGCAACAACUGCAACAAGAGCGGCAAGAUGUACCUCCCCCCUCCACGACUCCCUUAUGUGCCAUCACCACGACGAGCAACAACAACAACAACAGCAGCAGCAGCAGCAGCAACAGCAACAACAGGAAUAGCAUGCAGGGCCCUUGCUCAGCGCUUUCUGGCGAUGGUGCUGUACAGAGUGCAACUUGCAGCGGCGGCAAGACACCUUCGGCAGCAUCGGCAAAGGCGGAUGCAGCAGCAAGAGCCGCAAGAGCAGCAGCAGCGUUGGAAAACUACGGUGCUGUGGAGGGUGUUAGGCCUAUAAGAAAUCCUCUAACGCGUGCGACAUGCGUGUGGGCAGCCUCUAAUCACAAGGCAAACGUCACCGCAAUCCGAUGGACGUGGGAUGGUGAAUUGCUUGGUUCUUGCGAUAGCAGCGGAGAAAUCCACAUCUACUCACUUGCUCACAGCGGGGGAAGAGGCAGCGGAGGCAGCAGCAAGCCAAAGGCAGCAGCAGCAAGACGCACACGCCGUGGAGCAUCUCCCCCCCCUCCCCAGCAGCAGCAGCAGCAGCAGCAGCAGCAAGCUGGAAGCCUUGCGGGGAAGAGUGCUACUGCAGGAGUUUCGCCUCUGCCAGCAGCGAGUGCUGUUUCUUCUGUGUCAACGCCGCUUGCUUCCUCUCAAUCUGCGUCGCAGCUCAGCAAAACGAGGGGCAGAAAGUCGACAGCGAAAGCUGCAGCAGUGGAUGGCGUUUCGUCCUCAGAAACACUCGCCGGUGCUCCAACUGCAAAAAGUGCUGCUGCUGCUGCAAAAAAGAAGUCGAAGGACGUGCCGGCAGGAGCAGCCAAGAAUUUCAGCUGUCUCUGCCCUUUUCUGCGUCUGUCGCAUCUCCCCCCGCCAGACAGACUCCUCCUUGGGCAUGAGAUAGAGCAGCAGCAACUCGAUUGCGAUGCAGCGCUAGAGGCUACCGUUUAUAUGGAGAGGUGGAAGCUCGUGAAGACGCUCAAGACUCCCCAAUCCUCACUCCCUCAGACAAGCAGCAAGAAGCUCUACAUGUGGCGAUGUGAGCCGCCUGCUGCUGGGGAAACCUCGUGGAUUGUCGAAGAGGCGAUGCAUCACGAGGCUAUCCUGCGUGAAGGUCCCACAGACUCUCCAGUCUUGCGCAUUCCUUCGUUUUGCGUUUCUGACUGCUUACUGGCAGUUUCUCACGCACAAAGGAAUGACGAGGCUGUGGGCUGCGCCUUCGCCGUCGAUGAAAAGGGCUUCAAAGAGCCAAAGGCACCCCUUCUUUUCUACGGGCAUCAGGCACCUGUUAAAUGUGUGAGCUUCGGCGAUGGCAUGUUUAUUUCAUCAAAGAAGGGGAAACGCACUGAACGCCACGUCAUGUACUGUCAAGCAAGCGAGGACGGAACGAUUUCCAUUUGGCGAGUGCCUCUUGCAGACAGCAGUCGCGCUGCAUGCACUGCGGCUAGCAGCAACACUGGCAGCCCUAUUAAAGCCAAAUCUUCUUCGGCUUCCUCUUCGCAACAGCAUCAACAGCAGCACCAGCAGCAGCAGCAACAACUGCAGCAGGGAGAGCAACAACAGGCGCAGUGCAUUGCUGUGGUGACGAACCUUCUUGACGAAGGCACAACUGUUCAGAGCUUCUCGUGGAGCCGCGGCGGGUUAUGGUUGGCUGUCGCUUGCAGUGGAGGUUCUGUAGCGUUGUUGCGCUUCAGCAUGGAGGAGAUAGGGAGCAGCGAUUGCGUGUGCAACAGCAGCUUCGAUUACCAUGCAGCAGCAGCAGCCGCUGCUGCCCGUGAGGCUGCUGGCGCUUCCAGCAGCUCUGCUCGAUCGCAAAUCUUCAUACCAGCUGAGCCAGGAACAGAAAUCGCUGCAGCAACAGCAGUAUCUGUUGGAAGUCGAUCGUCGUGUCGCUGCAGCUGUUGCUGCUGCUUCUUGCACUCUGCGCUGCAGCUGCGGAAGCUCUCGCCACAGCCAAGCGUUCCCCUCAAGAGUUUGUCAGCGGCUUCGGGGGGAGAAAGUCAGGGGAAAGAGGCAACGCUCGCUAGUGUGCAGAUUCCAACUGCCGCUGCGACGUCUGUACCGCUCAGGCUGCUGCAGCAAGAAACGGUGACGCAGAGUGGCGUCCGUCGGAUUAAGCCCGUUUUGCUCUCUCGCUUAGACGGUUCUCCACUGCGGGAGCCACGGCUUGCAGCAGCAGUCAAUGACUCAGCAGCAGCACCAGCUGCAGCUGCAGCAGCAGCAGCAGCAGCAGCAGCAGCAGCAGCAGCCAGCUCUGCGGCAAUCAAAAACGCAAGUGCAGGGGGAACAGCAGUCGCAGAGGUGCCAGGAGGUCUCUUUGACUCCCCUGGCGCUCCUGCUGCUACCGCCUUUGCUGCAGCACAGCGUCAAGCGAUGCAAACAGGAAAAACACGGAGCCUCAUCGAAGUGUUUUCGAGAAUGACAGCUCUGUGCAGCAGUCGCACGGAAGCCACACCUCCCACUGCUGCUGCUGCCGCUGCGGAGACACCAGCGCCUACCUCGAAGGAGGACGCUGCUCCUGCCGUAGAACGACGACGUCAGAGUGAACAGCAGAAUAGCCUCGAACCUAGCAGCAACGGCAGCCCUAGCCACAACACUGCCACUCCCAGUACCACCACUACUACCACACUCGCCUUUGCAAUGACUGCCCCUGACGUGACUGCCGUCUACAGACAACGCAGUGCCUUGUCAGAUGCGAAUGCAAUCAUCUUUUUUUCGCCUGCUUCGCUGGCAGCUGCUGCCGCUGCAGCCGCUGCUUGGCAUCCUUCGCGUCUGACUGCUCGCAUGGCGUUGCGAGAUCCGCGAAAGGUAGUGGCUGCCUCUUCUUCUUGUGCUGCUUCUUGUGCUGCUGCUCCUGCUGCUUUUUCGUCUGCUUCCUGUGCUGCCUUGCGGACCUUCUCCCGCGAUGGCAAAGGGAUCCAUGGAGCAGCGAAUCUCUUCGAGCAGCAGCAGCAGGUGUUGCGGAGGGUUGCUGCAUCUGUCGCUGCGUGGAAGGCAGGGGACUGCAGCAGACUGCGCAACGACGCUCCUUCCGCUGCGGCGGCAGCAGCGCACAAGCCCGUUGGAAGCGGCGGGAGUAGCAGCGGGGAGUCUGCUAGCAGCAGUUCGCGCACAAACAACGGAGGGACUGCUAGCGGCAGCAGCAAAGCAAGCAGCGGCAGCGGCGGAGAUGACGGCAGUGGAAGAGAGGGAGAGAGAGGACGGGGUGGUUCUGCGGCAUCUUUCGAGGGUUCGGAGGCAGAUGACAGCGAAGCAGAAGAGGAGGAGCUGCAGACGGCUGCUUCUGGCACUGGUGCUGCAGCCGCGUUCGACGAUCCGAAGGUGCCUUGGGAGGAGUGGAACCCUUUCGCUUCGAGGCACGAGCGGCUGUUGCUGCUUUUGCAGCGGCUCGAGCGAGAGGAAGCUGAGGAGGACGAAGCCGCAGAAGUCGCAGAGCAGGCUGCAAUUGCUGCAGCAGCAGCGGAUUCUAGCGGCAGCAGCAGCACAGCGGAGGAAACGGACGCAGACAAGGAAGCAGCUUCCCCGCGCAUCCAGCAGCAACAGCAGAGCAGCAGAGUGACGAAGGCAGGAACUGUGACUGCAGAGGCUAAGACUCAGAAGGGGAGGCAGCAGCAGCAGCAGCUGCAGCCUGAGCAAAACAAGCAGCAAGAAGGGCUGAAGCGGGGGGAAAACAGCGCUGCCGCUGGAAAGCAGCCGAAGCCUUCUAAGACAGCAGCAGCAGCAGCUAUCUCGGCUGGUGCUGCUGCCUUCAGUCCUCGAAGGGCAGGUGGUAGUAAACAAGGCGCUCCAGCGAAAUCUCCAGCUGCUGUGCAAGAGGAGGUCGCAUUUACAGUCAAUGGAGAGGAGAGGCGGAUUUGCGCGCUUAACAGGAAGGCGUGUGAUGCGAAGAGACGUCGUAUUGGGGAUGCUGAAACUUCGGAAGGCGUCGCAGACAAGGGCUGGUGCUCCGGCAAUGAGGCACCCUGCGUUGUGUGUUGCUUGGGUAAAGGCAGGAGCAAGGACAGAAGCAGCAGCAGCAGCAGCAGCAGCAGUAGCAGCAGCAGCAGCAGCAGCAGCAGCAGCAGUAGCAGCAGUAGCAGCAGCAGCAGCAGCGGAGCACAGCGUGCAGACGUCUGCGUCGCUUGCUUGCCGUUCGAUUUCGAGGCUGCAUUUUUCGCAGCAGCUGCUGCUGCGAAAUGUCUGAUCUGCGCGACACCUGUGGGGGGAGUGUGCGCUCUGCCGUGGGUGGCGUCUGCAUGUGCGCUGCAGGUGCUGUGGACGUACAGCCUUGGCGCUGGGACUGAUGUGUCGCUCAUGUCUGUGAAUGCAGAUGCAGGGGUAGUAGCAGUCGCUGUGUCGCGCAGAGAUCGCAGCAGACGCGGUGAGAAUGACAGCGGUUGCAUGCAAGGGGAGCAGCUGCUGCAUCUCGUGUGUUUGUCCUCUGGGUUGCCUCUUUCCCUCCCGACGCUUGGAGGAGGAUUGCGCAACUGCAGAAUCUCAGCAAUGGCAUUUACGCUCCUCCGCGAUAAUGCUUCCCAGCGGCAAAAGGAGGAGCACACUGGGCUGUCGAGACAGUCGACCUCGCGAGCGCCGCUGCUGCUGCUGCUGCUGACAACUCACGCGGAGCUCUUUGGCCUCUCCUUAGGCUCUCUCCUGCCUCCGCAUCCUCAGGGAGAAAUGCAGCAAGUGCAGCAGCAAGUGCAGCAGCAAGUGCAGCAGCAAGGGCGGCAGCAAGGGCAGCAGCAAGGGCAGCAGCAGCAGCUCCUUGAUGUCACCGCUGCUGCAGCGUGGGAUGCGUCGUGGAUGCCUCAAUUUGUGGUACCCCUGCGAAGUUUGUGCGGCGGCUGCAUGCGGGGGAAGCCUCAGAACGCGAGGCAAGACACCACAGACGCGGUGAUCUGGGUAGAGCUGCUUCGCGGCAGAGGAUCGCUGCAGCAGCUCUUUGCUUCCCCAGGAGCAACUGGCUCGCGAGCAGCAGCGCAUGCAUGCGGCCAGACGGCGGCUGAGGCUGCUGCAGCAGAAGUCGACGCCUCGGCAGACAGCGCAGCAGCUGCCGUUGGGGAAGGGGAUCAAGGGAGGCUUUCAGCGCUGCUGCAUCGUCUGACUCCCUCGGCUGCUGCACCAGCCUUCUUGAUCCUGCUGAUAGCCAUGCAAUCCGGAAGAAUCUUCGCAUGUCGCCUUCGCCCCUGCUGCAGCAGCACCCAGUGUACAGACACUCUCCCGUAUGCGGCUGAACCCUUUAGGCGGAUUGACGACCUAGACUUCGCGACGUCGGAUUUCUUUUCCCUCAUUUCCUGGGAAAAUUUAGAGCAGCAGCACAGACAGCAGCUGGCGGCGCCUGGGGGAGAAGACGGCGUGGCUGCUGCGGCGACACCCUCCGACACGCGCACAUCUGCGGAAGAAGCGAACAGUGGCAGCAGCAGCGGCAGCACUGGAUGCAGGGUUGACGAACGAACCACGGUGCGCAGUGACGAAGCGGAAGAAAGCCUCUUAGAGAGGAUUCAACGUCGGAUUCCAGCUCUGCAAGAUGCCUGCUGCAACAGCUUUUGGAGCAACAGCAGCAGCAGCAGCAGCAGCAGCAGCAAGAGCUUCCUGAUUAAGCUUGCGCAUCGCUUCCUGCUCGCCUCUUUGGGCUUGACACCCAAUAGCGUUUCUGCCCUCCGUCGCGCCAGGGGUUUGAGCCUCAUUCGCCGCUAUUACGCGAAGGGAAGUUUUCUGAAGCCAUCAGAACAAGGCUUUCUGACAGAGACUGCGGCUGCAAACAGCCCACGGCAGCAGCAGCAGUCACGGCAGCAGCAGCACCCUCUCCUCCAACAACAACAGCCGCAGGAGCCGAUUCUGUCGCUGCAGAGGGCACAGAGUUGCUCUUCGACACGGCAAUCCGUACAGCACCUGCACCACCAGAUAUUGUGUGCGUUGCAUCUCGGCUCCUGCAGAGAUUUCGAAAGAUGGAUGCAGCAGUUGUUGUUGCGGCUGUCGGAGCUGCAGCAGGUUGCUCAGCUGUCUGCCCUCGUGGAAAUGUUUGUUGCCACGGAGGUUCAGCUGCUCUCUCCGUGGCUGUGCCUCCUGCGGCAGCGCGAGCAGCAGUUGCUGCAGGCUUGCGCAUCUUCGCUGCUGGACGUGUCUGCCGCGGAUGAACUCCGACGUGUUGUUUCUGGAGCUGAGAGACUACAAGCAGCAGCCUUAGGGGAAAUACGCGGCACUGCUCUUCCUGCUGUGGAUUGGCGUGUAUGGACAGCAGCAGGCGCUGACGCUGCAGCGAUCGCGGCAGCGGUGUCUGACGCCUUGGCGGCUACUGCGGAAAUCAGCAAAGUCUCGGGCGGGAACGAAGAAGAGGCUAAGAGUCUACUCGAGGCGGCGCAGGAGGAAGCGCGCAAGGUGCGAAAAGCUGAAUCUCUUCUCGCUGCUCUUCGGGAGCAAAUCAGGCAAGUCGCUGCCUCCGUCGAGCGGCUGGAGGAGGAGCAUGCACAUAUGCUGCACUGCCGCUACAGGGACGCACUGCUGAGGAGUCUGACUUUAGAGGGCGAGGCUGAGGCUGCGCUUGGAGCUGACUUAGGGGGCGAGGCAGAUAAUGUAGAUUUCAAUGGGGAGGGAGAUGCAGCAGGCGCUCUGAUGGAUAUUUUCUGA